CUCUCCCUGCAACAAGUGAAGCAGAGAGGGAGCGCAGCUGGUGAGCACCGGAGCUUCUGAGAACUUUGCCGGAGCAACGGUUUCGAAGUCAAAUGGCUAAUGCCGGGCUUGAAAUCCUGGGGGUUGCCCUGGGAGUGAUCGGGUGGAUUGGAGCCAUCAUAACAUGCGCUUUGCCCAUGUGGAGAGUGACCGCUUUCAUUGGAAACAACAUCGUGGUGGCGCAGAUCAUCUGGGAAGGUCUUUGGAUGAACUGCAUUGUUCAGAGCACCGGGCAGAUGCAAUGUAAAAUCUACGACUCCCUCUUGGCGCUCUCUCAAGAUCUCCAAGCUUCCAGAGCUCUGACCGUCAUUGCCAUUGUGAUUGGUGUACUAGGCAUCCUCAUCUCCAUCGCGGGAGCCAAGUGUACCAACUGCGUGGAAGACGAGACGACCAAAGCCAAGAUUAUGAUCGUGGCUGGGAUUAUCUUCAUCCUGUCUGGCCUGAUGACCCUGAUCCCAGUCUCCUGGUCAGCGAACACCAUCAUCAAGGAUUUCUACAACCCGCUGGUGACCGACGCCCAGAGGAGAGAACUUGGUGCCUCCUUGUACAUCGGAUGGGGCACGUCGGGUCUGCUGCUCCUCGGAGGAGCUCUGCUCUGCUGCUCUUGCCCCCCGAAGGAAACGAAGUAUGCGCCCUCCAGAGUGGCCUACUCUGCCGCCAGGUCCACGGGUCACAGUGGGUACGACAAGAAGGACUAUGUGUGAAGAAGGGGUUACCCUCCGGUCAGUGGCCGGCCCGGCGACCCCAACCCGCGUUGUCUGAACCCUUGAGGAAUCGUCUCUCUGGGGUGAUCUUUUAUUGUCCUUUUAUAUAUAUAUUAAAAAAAAGAGAGAGAUGUUUCUUUCUUUCAACUUAAAUUACAUGUUUAAAUCACGAGUUAAUAUAACUUGGCCGUGCGUGUGCAUGUGUGUGUGUGUAUGAUGUAUUGGUCUAGCGUAUUUCACCAGAUUUAGUAACAAAGUUGUGCUUGAUCGCGAUUCUUGUGUCCGUGUCGUGAUUCCCUGUCGGCUUACUCCUUUGAUGCGGGAUUUCACGCCGCCCCUUGCCCUGUGAAUCCGGGACAAUGCCGAUAAACCCGGGCUUUGUGCCUUAGUGAUUGACAACGGGCGAUUCCAAUAGAAAAUAGCACAGUUGGGAAUGCGCAUCAGAUAGACGGAGGGGGGAGGGAGCGAGCCAAGAGCCUUCGAGUCAUCGCUACACCCAACGGUUUCUGUGUCUGAAUAAAUUGCGAGAGAAUAGUGUGAGGGAGGACUGUGCUUUAGUUAGCGAGAGGAAAGCUGGAUUCAUUUCAGGACAAACAUAUUCGCGCUUGUAAAAAUGCAGAAAGACACGUGGACUUCAGAAUGAUUUUAAACGAGGGAAGAUGCUUGGUUGGAACAAAGCUUCUGUUUCGUAGGACACGUCGCAGACUCACCGAGACGUUUUGUGUUCCUGGAACACUUGGUUCUGGCUCCAGAGAACCAAAAUAACACCCUGCCUAUAAAUUAACUCUUACAAAGGCGUUUAUAAAAAUAAAUGCUAGGAUGCACCUUGGUAAAAAAAACCCCAGCUGAAAAGACUACAGGUAUUAAUAAACCUCUAACCAUUAGUUACCCACCCCACCCUGUCAGCACUUCUCUCUGUCUCCCUAUCCACAUUCCAGGCAGAUGAAUGAAUGUAGGUUCAGAAAAUUGGGAGACACCCUACUCCAGUUUAUUGAGUAUUAAAGGGAAAAUUUCUCCUCCCCUGAAACUCAAUUUUUCUCUCCCUGUCCCCCUUUACAGUGAAGAAGGGUUUCGGCCCGAAAAGGUGCCUAUUUCCUUCGCUCCAUAGAUGCUGCUGCACCCGCUGAGUUUCUCCAGCAUUUUUGUGUACUCCCUUUCCACUAUAUUCAGCUUCUCUUUUCUCCCUCAUCUUUCCCUCUCUUCUUUAGUUCCUAUUUUUGUCCACUGUCAAUAUUUCUCGAAUUCCCUUUUCUGUUGCCAUUUUGACUCUGCCUCUGUUCUUCACUCCCCCUUUCUGCCUACUUUAUUUGCUCUUUUGUUCUCCCCCCCCUCCAUAUCCUUCUCUCCUCCCUGUUCCUCAUCUUACCCUUCUCCACCCCUCCCCUCACUUUACCCUCCACACUAAUCCUCUGCACUAUUUCACUUUGCUCCAUUGUGUUACCUCUUGCAUCGCUUUGUCGUGAUCUACUGCUCCCACAUGCUUUGAUUUAUCCUUCAUUCUUCUUCUGCCACUCUCUGUUAUUUAUUCUCACAUCUCCCCCAUUGUUACACUUCACAACUUACCUUAGUUCUCUUUUUCACUCUGCCAUCCAUCGUCUCCACUUCUCCCCAUCCUUUACUUUUUAUUUCUAAUUUCUGCAUUAAAAUUUCACAGUGCCGAGUCAGGGCAUCCAGUCCAUCAGGUGUUUUAUGCUCCUUGCACUUUCCACGGUUCCUCCCUGUAAACAAAUCCAUUUUGCUUCUUGUAGUUCCCCACCUUUCCUGCUUUCCACUGUCUCUUCCUACACCCAAUUAGCAUUAUUUUUUGCACUUGUACUCCUUGUAUCUAUCUCCUUAGCCUAAUGUUUUUUUCCUCUCAAUUUCACUUUCUACUUUAAUUCCUUAUUCACUCUGCUUGACUUCUAUAGGAGACCUCUCUUCACUCAUAUCCACAGCCAUUCUUAUUUCCUCAGUCUCUCGUGUACAAUUCUCUUCUCUAUCCCAUCUCCAUUAUAUCCUUCUGUUUGCUCUUUAUUCUUCAUCUCAUUUCUUUCCUGUCUGGUUUGCUUAUCCCUGCCACUUCCACCACCAGAAUCCCCAAUUUAUCGCUAAUUCUAAUUCAUUGCCUUUCCUUUCUAGUUCAAUCUUGCCUUUUUGUUGCAAUUUUUCAUUCUUCCUCUUUUUUAAUGUUGAGCUUCCAUCUCUUUCUCCUCAUUCUCCUCUUCCUUAGUUUUGCCUCAAUGCUAAUUCUAUCUUGAACCAUCUCUAUUUCCCUUCACCUAUUCUUGUGUUUGUUUGUUCUUUUCUGCAAAUGCUAUUCAUCCAGCCAAUUGUCAAUGACAUUUUGGAUGUCAAGAGUGAGAUUGCUUUGCCGAUGUACAGCAUUGCUCGGCAAUGGUGUAGUGACAACUAGAUCUAGUGAUGAGUACUACAAUUUCAAGCGCUUGAGGUAGAUAUAGAUUUUAGAAGUGAUUAGGGGUUCUUAGUCUUUGCCUAACCUUAUUAAUGCAGAAAAUCCAUGACUUUAAUAUAGAAACUAUAGUAAUCAUGUUUAUCGACGUUUGUGGUGUGGAGGGAAAUUUGAAGAUGAAAGUAAUUGCCUGAAAUUGUACUUUGUGCUGUUCCUAUUUAGAAGUGAAUGCUAUGCUCUAUCAAAAUAAAUUUAGUAAACUGUAGUGUGACACUCUGCAGACAAUGGGCAUGUAAAAUGGGAGAGACUUGGAAGGUCAGAUGGGUGAAAAGAUCAGGAUUGAGGAUGAUUUGUUCAGGAUCUCAUUGUCUUUAAGUUGGACUACAGAUGAUCCACGUCGGGACACAGGGAGGCUAAUAAAUCCAAUUUAGGAGUAAAAUGUAUUUGUACUCCACUUGCCUGUAAGAAAACUCAGUCAAGCUAUGACCACCAUUUCCAAAAUACUCCCCCAUCAUACUUUGGUUUAUUAUUUACAAGCAGAUUCACCCAAUUUUAUAGGACAGAAAGAUGAUGUUGUCUUGCUUUCUCUCAACUCUGCUUCUGCAUCGAUAUAGUUAGACAAUGUUUCUCAGAUAAAUGUACAAUUUACUUUCAAAUCUACACCCCUAUAUUUUACAUCUAUGCUCUGCAAUUUUAACUUUGUAUUUUGAGUGCAACUCUGUAAAUUUGAAUUUUAUUAAAGCUUUCAUGAUUUGUGGCUAAA